AUGCCGCUCCUCCCUCUCCCUGCCCUCGCCGCCGUUCACAACAGGCUCUUCCCCGCAGGCGAGUACCUGCCCGCGCCCCCGACGCCCGCAGGCAUCUGCGCGAGCGCGCAGCUCGGCCCGACCAUGAGCUGCGUCGAGCUCAGUCCGUCCCCCGACGAGCGGCGCAUAUUCGCGGCCGUCGUCCUGCUGGAGGUGCUCCUCGUGCUGCUCGGCAUGUGCGCGGUGGAGCGUCUACUGCGCUGCGUCAUCGCGAGGCGCAUCCGAUCCGAACAUUCGCCCGAGCCCGCGCCGGAUUGGACGGCUUCGAACUUGAAGGACUUGAACGGGCGCAACUUGAACUGGAAUUCGGACUGGGACGCGGAAAUGGGAAAGAUUAGGGCGCCAGCGCAAGUGGUUGGGGGCGGGCAACAGAUUCCCGAUGAUGUCGAGGCUGCGGGAGAAGAGGCGGGAGGCGAACUGCUGGCAUGA